ACAAUUCCUCUCUCUCUCUCACACUCCACAAAGAAGAGGAAUAGUUUUAAUAAUCCAUUAAAACAAGCAAGUGAUAAGUUGCUUCACCUUUUUUUAGAAAAAAGACCUAAUCCCUUAAAACAUUUUCAGAAACCAAAGCUACCGAAAAAUUCCUUCAGUGAAAAUGUGAAAUAUCCUUCCACGUUUUCUAGUAUUAAUUGCUCAAAAAAAGAAACUCCAAGAUAGAAAAAAAAGAGGAGAGAGAGAGAGAGAGAGAGAGGGAGAGGAAAGAGGAACAGUCUUCUCAGUCUCUCCAAUCAAUCUCAUCACAUAUUCACUUGUUGGAAUAUCAAGAUCUUCUUUUGCUUCACCGUCUGCAGUUUUAGUCCCUUCCUCUCUUUCUUCAAAAAUGGAAAUUAUUUCACAGUCCUAAGAUCAUCCUAUAGCUCUAAAAGAAGAAAGCUUGGAUAGAGACACAACAUCGAUCAGCCACCAUAUCCAAGAACCAAGGGCUCAUUAAUUGUUGCUCUCGAGAUCCAAGGCAUUUUAACCAAUCGAAAACACAAACACCCAAAAAGGAGAUCCAUCCAUGGAUUCAAUUCCGGAAUUAAUGGAGAGUUCCAACUCAGAGCACACAAGCAUGAGUACUGAUACCAACACCAACAACAACAACAAUAACAGCGCAGUAUUAGUUGGCUCAAGCUCUUCUUCCCCAGUUUCUGCUCCUAGCAGCAGCCGCUAUGAAAACCAGAAGCGCCGUGACUGGAACACCUUUGGCCAAUACCUCAAGAACCACCGCCCUCCUCUUUCACUCUCAAGAUGCAGCGGUGCUCACGUCCUUGAAUUCCUCCGGUACCUUGACCAAUUUGGGAAGACCAAGGUGCACACUCCAAUCUGCCCUUUCUUUGGGCACCCUAACCCUCCGGCGCCUUGCCCGUGCCCACUGCGACAGGCGUGGGGAAGCCUCGACGCACUCAUCGGACGCCUUCGAGCAGCCUUCGAAGAGAACGGAGGGAAGCCAGAAGCAAACCCAUUUGGGGCUCGAGCUGUUAGGCUGUAUCUCCGUGAGGUUCGUGAUUUACAGUCAAAAGCAAGAGGGAUCAGUUAUGAGAAAAAGAAGCGGAAACGCCCACAGCAACAGUUGACACCACAGGUACCGCCGCUGCUACCACCACCAGGUCAUGCAACUCAUCAUCAAUAAGCCAAUCCAUUCUCUAUCUAUCUAUCAAAAAAAACUACUCUCCAAAUACCGGUCCCUCCUCUUAUUAAUAUUGCUUGUUUGCUUUAAGGUUUUUAGUGUAUUUUCAUUAGGGUUAGUUAAUUUUCUAAAGUUGCUAGCUAUUCUAGACUGAACUCUGUCUGUUUAUUCAGUUUGCUUUUAUCGAAGCAGUGGCAUGGAUCUGAGGUAUUAUUAUUCUGCUUUUGAUGCAAACAGUACUGUUAGUAUUACUUAUAGUAGACUAGUAGUAGUGGCACUGGAAAAAGUGAUCAGUAGGGGAGAGGGAAUGGUGAUUAUGUUCUAAUGUUGAUUAUGUUCUAAUGUUGUGCUGAGCAUAUAUAUAUUCAUGUAUGGCAAGCCAGAAAUUUGCAUAUUA